UGCUGGUCUUUCCAGAUAAAUUAACCAUCUGUUCAAAUGAGACCGGAAGUAACUUACACAGGACAUGAAGAACAACAUGUCGGUUCGAUCCUCCGCGAUGUUUUUCAACUAUUAAAUUAACAGUAAAUCAUAUGAUAUGAUACCACUCUAAAGAUACCAGUCUUGAUGUGACAAUGGACACUUUACAUCAUUUCUUCUUACUCUUGAUGUUUAUGCAUUAUGCAGUAGGUUCCAAUAGUACCUGUCUAAAAAUUCUUCCAGACUCCAUCAGUACGAUUCCUGUUGAGGUGGGAAAAGAUUUCACAGCGAUAUGUCACCUGCUGGAGGGAUCUGGUUACACCUCAGAUGACAUUGAAUGGGUUUUAGGAAACCUCAGCAUUCCAAAGCAGCAUUAUCAUAAAAUAAAUGAAACGUCCGUCAGUGUUACUGUUAACGUCAACAGCAACAUGAAAGGUUGGUUGAAGUGCAGAGCCAGGAAGCCCUUGUCGUUCCAAAGUCAGUGUACCUAUGGAAUCUCACUCGAUCCAGGAUACCUUCCGUUGAAACCGGAGAAUCUGACGUGCGUUGCUGUGCAGGAGGGCACGGAUAUUUCCUCUGACUUAAAAUGCAGUUGGGAAUCAGAAUCACAGAAACCGCUGCUUGACACCACUUACACCCUUCAUGCUACAAUAUGUCUAACUAACUCAACUUAUACCGCCACUUGUAAACAGCGUCUUGCAAAAAACUGCGUCGUCAACCUGGAAACUUUUCCAUUUUCUUUGGAUGUGACAGUGUGGGUUGAAGCAAAGAACGCGCUGGGGUCAGUGCGGUCAGACAAACUUCUAUGCAAUGAUGCUUUGAAUUUUGUGAAACCCAAUCCACCAUUGGAUGUCCAAGUUCUCGCUGAAGUUAACUUCUCCACAUCUCUCAUGGUUACUUGGAAACAUCCCAUUGACAGGACCAUGAUGAAACUCUCGUAUGUCAUCAGAUACCGCCAAGUAGACUCUGAUGUUUGGACCGAGGUGCCUGAGAGCUUCAUCCAAGCGCACACGGAGUCGUUUAGACUGCAGUCGCUGGAGCCUUACACUGAAUAUGUGGUACAGAUGCGAUGCAUUCAAGAACGGCAUCAAAGCUACUGGAGUGAAUGGAGUGCUACUGCUACAGUUCGCACUGCAGAAGCCAAGCCAACAAGUGCACCAGAUCUGUGGAGAAUCAUCCAGCCCACCUCUGAUAAUAGAAACGUCACAUUAGUAUGGAAGCCUCCUGUGAAAGCAAAUGGAGAAAUACUUAGAUAUCACCUGGGAAUCAUUCAAGAUUAUAAAAAUAUUACUGAAAUAAGAGACAUAAGAGCGGAUAAUCUCAAUCAGAAGUAUUCAAUGAUGUUGCCACCAGGAAAAGUGGCCAAUAUUGAAAUAACUGCAGCCAAUUCAGUUGGAGUGUCUCCUAAAGCAACUUUAUUCAUUCCAAGAUCACAUCAAGAGCUUCCUGGUGUGGGGUAUGUAAGCUGGUCAGUACGUGAUGAAGAGCUGCAGGUGGAGUGGUGUGGAGUUUUUCCUAGCAGCGUUCCGCUGACUGGAUACCUGGUGGAGUGGGUGAAUGUGCAACAAAGAGAUCUUAAGCCAAACUGGCAGAGAGUUCCUCACAAUGUCAACACCACCACACUAACUGGUUUUGUAAAACUGAACCGUUACAACAUAUCAGUGUAUCCAGUUUACAAGUAUCGUCUUCACGGCAUACUUCACAUCCAAGCAGGAAGCCCAGUAACCAGAGCAGCCUAUAUUCAACAAGAAUCUCCAGAAGAGGGCCCUGUUGUCACAGUUAAUAACAAAUCCAAGAAAAAUAGUGCUGAGCUGACAUGGGAGGAAAUUCCACUGGACAGUCGGCGUGGAUUCAUCACCAAAUACACCAUAUUUUAUAGGGCCGGGAACACUGAGCACUGGCAAUCUGUGACAGUGAAUGCUGAUGUCCGCUCAUAUGUACUGACUGAUCUGGCCAGUGAAACUGAUUAUGUAGUGCGCAUCAUGGCGUCAACAGUAGCAGGUUCCAAAAAUGGCUCUGACUUUCAUUUCAGGACAAUGAAGUAUGGCGAUGGAGAGGUGGAGAUGAUUGUAGUGGUGGUUUGCCUCAGUUUCCUGUUCCUGACCGUCUUUAUCAUAAUGUUCUGCCUUCGGAAAAGAGAAGUGAUUAAGCAGCUGUUGUGGCCUCAGGUCCCAGACCCGUCUGACAGCUCUAUUGCCCACUGGUCACCUGAUUUCCCUGUAAAGGCCAAUAUGCCUAAAGAAGACGUUAGUGUGGUGGAAGUGGACAUGUUUGAUGGAAAGUCUUUGUGUGAGGAAGACAAAGCCGUGCUGCCGCUGAAGAAGGACAAGUAUCUGUCUGAGGAGCACAGCAGUGGCAUCGGAGGUUCGUCCUGCAUGUCGUCCCCCCGCCACAGCGUGUCCGACAGCGACGAGAGCGACUCGGGCCAGACCACGGCCAGCACCGUGCAGUACUCGUCAGUGGUGGCAAGUGGGUACAAGGGCCAAACGCCCAACCAUCAGCCUCCUGUGUUUGCACGCUCUGAGUCAACCCAGCCGCUUCUGGACUGCGAGGAACAUCCAGACCUUCUCAACGAAAGCGGCGGACACUCAAGGAACUCUUACUUUAGACGAGGCAGAGAACUUGAGCCGGGUGUCCUCACUCAGGAAUGCGGUGAGCCGAAUGGAAGCUCUCUUACUUUCUGUCCAGUGCAGGAGGAAGAGAUGUCUCCUGUAGUAGAGGAUCCGCCUGCCUCCACCGUAUGUUACAUGCCGCAGCAGAGCGGCUAUCGACCUCAGUAAAGCAAAACAUUCUAACUGACUCUGGUGCCGGCCCUAAGCUAUUUAGUGUCACCUUUUCAUUAUGAACUUUUAUUUUAAUGGGAUUUGUUGAUGAACUUUCACAUUUUAAUGGUAUUGCAAACUUGCGCCAGACAUGUAUGGUAACACUAGACUGCUCCCCAAUGAAGCUGUCUGCACUUCAAAAUAUCACACUGCCAUGUGCCUUCCGUGGACAACCGGUCGUUGCUAUUUGCUGCUUCCUUGUCUAACUGAAAUGAAAUGUUACUGUUGUUUUGAACCACAUUAGUUGUAGCAUUGCAUUAAAUUGUUUUGCUAUAAAUUAGUUAAAGUCCGUUUUUAUACCAAUAGAUUUUCAUUUUCAUUUUACUGUUACCGACAAGGUGAUUGCAGCUGUAACGCUUCCAGCGCACACAGCCACAAGUUGCUAUGUAAUGUUGCCUGCUUACAAUAUAGACACAGUGUUUAUAAAAUAAUGAACUUUUUGUGCCAUGGUGCAUUGUAUUAUUGACAUGUAUUAUUCAUUAUGGUAUUGGGAAUAUUCAUAUUUUUAACAACAUGCAACAGAAUGUUAAUCCUAGCUUGAGUUAACCUUGCUUCCAACUCAAUAAAACUAACACUACAUUGAAAUUUCAGUUAUUAAAUACAAAUAGUCCAUUGUAUGCCUUAUCAAAUGUAUCUGUUUAUCUCUGUGUGAUUUAUGUGUUUAUAUCAUUGCAUCACAUGUAUAAAUAUCAUUGAUACUAGGUUAAAUAAAGACUUCAUUCAAA